AGGUUGUUGACUUUCAUUUUUUCAUUAAUAAUUUCAUUUUUGUAAAGCUUCUUUAGGCCAGUCGUUAUAAUUUACAUGACCAUUAAUAAAAGGAAACUGUUCAUUGUAAUUAUCUUUUACGUUUCAGCUCUUUGGGUGUACAGUUAUUUGAACUUUAUCAUUUUCAUCUAUGGUGUCAUUGUUUAUCUUUUUAGUAUGUCAGAUCACGGGGGAGGUUAUCCAAAUUAAACAGAAAUGUUGCUACGCAGUGGAAUCGGAACUUUGUUAAGCAUGGUUUCGUUUGAAUCUGCAACGACAUACGAAAAUGUCUGCAUAUUUGGUGCAUGUUUCAAGUAUGAAUAAUAACAAUGCGGUUCAAUAAACAAGAGUUGACAACUUUGGCCACACAGCCUUCCCAUAAAUUUGACAAGGAAGGUGUUCUGUUUUUACGCGAACGCCAAGAAGGUUUUUUUCGCAGGACAGAAAGAAGAGACUUCAAAAGAGGGAAAAGGUCAAAGAGCCUUCGAGAACUGAGCUGCUAUAGCGGAGCGAGCAAAGUCAGCCUGGAGCGGUGGUGCCGUCUGCGCGGCAACCUGCUGUUCUACUUCAAGUCGCGGGACCAGUGGUCGGAGCCCGUGGGCGUCAUCGUGCUGGAGCAGUGCUCCAUCAGGGUCGACGCGCCCGCGCCGGACGGGCCGUACGGCUUCCACCUCGUGUUCGACGGGGGAGCGAGCCAGCACCUGGCCGCGCGCUCGGAGCCGGAGCGCGACGCCUGGCUGCAGGCGGUGCAGCUGGCGGGCUACGAGUGCAUGCGCUCCCAGCUGCUGGCGCUGCAGCAGCGGCUGGAGCGGCGCCGGGGGCACCGCCCGGACCUGGACGUGCGCAUGUGGCGCCUGCGCAAGGGCAGCUCCCUGGACCCCAGCGAGGUGCCGCUGUGCGAGGUGACGCUGUCGUGCGACAACCUGCUGUGCGACGGGAACGGCCGGCCGCCCAACCCGGUGCUCAUCGUCCACGUGUGCCUGCAGCCCGACGGCGUCUGGGCCGAGUACGCCAGGACGGAGGUGGUGCAGAGGAGCAGCAACCCCAGCUUCCUGAGCACGGUCAGCUUCCGCGCGAGCGACGGGCUUGGCGCGGACUCGCGGCUGCGCGUCACGGCCCUCGACGUGCGCGAGCGCGUGUCGCGGACGGCCGCGCCCGUCGGCUCGGCCGCGGUGGCGCUGGGCGCCGUGCUGGACGCGGGCCGCUUGCGCGUGCCCCUGCGUUCCGGCGCGGGCACCACGGUCGGCUUCCUCUCCCUGGCCGCGUGGGACCUGGAGCCGGAGGGCGGGGGCGGCAGCACGGAGUCCACGCCGUCGCGCGGCGCGCCGGCGGUGAUGUGCCACCGGCGGUCGCAGUCCUUGCCGCCGCGGCUCAACGCCAGGCUGAAGCUCCCGCACCAGGGACAGCUGGCGGCGCUGUUCGCCAACCCCCACCUGCAGACCUACCACUUCCACUCGGGCCUGGGCGGGGACAUCUGCGCGCACGAGCUCAUGGCCGAGAGCCGGCUCUGCUUCCGCUUCCCGCAGCAGCUGCUGGACGUGUGGAUCCAUGAGGAGAAGGAGCUGCUGCAGGAGGUGGCGGGCAUGGGGGAGAUGACCGCGCCCUGGCACGCUCGCCAGGUGGAGCUGCUGGAUCGCCACCUGCACCUGCUGCACCUCUACUCCCAGGCCAGGGAGAACCUGCAGGCCCACAGGGGUAGCUUCUUCAAGCCGAGCUCCAGGAAGAACGACCGGGUGCUGGAGUUUGCCCCGGUGAACCUCCACCUGCAGCGGCUGUGGGUGCAGAACGAGACCUUGCGCAAGAGCAGCUUCUACGACGUGGUCACCGUCGGGGCGUUCACCGCCCACUCCCACAAGUCCAAGAACGGGGGCCUCAUCAGGUUGUUGCAGCAGUUGAAGGAGUCUCCGAUGAAGAACAGUGCCUACCAGCGUCCCAACAAGAUUGCCAUGGCCCAAGAUGCCAUCCAGGCCAUCAAGCAGCUCCGGCGGGAGGUGGUGGACGGCAUGCGCGCCCUCAUGAAGCUGGCCAAGGACAAGCAGACGGCCGGGAUGCUGCCCAUCUGCGAGGACAUGAUCUCCAAGACCCGCAUCCUGCUGAGCCUGUGGGACCCGGGGCUGGUGGAGGAGGCCCUCUUGUUCGUGGACGAGCACAAGGUCGCGCAGACGCCCGCUGACGACGGCGGCGACGGCGGCGACGACUCGGAGGGCGACGGGCCGUGCCGGGGCCAGACGGCAGUGUCCCCGUUCAAGCGCAUCACCCAGCGCCUCAACCUGGAGCUGCGGUCCCCGGACCCCGACGACCUGGCCACCCCGGACACCCCCUGGUGCACCCAGAGCUUCUGGAGCCUGCCCGGCGGGACCGAACCCGCCGUCCCGCUCCGGGAGGGAGGCUUAGGGGAGUCCCCGGUGCACGACAACCAGUUCGUGAUCUUCCCGGAGGCGGAGGACGACUGGAAGGGCGGCGAGGGCGACGCGAACGCCAACAACAACAACGAGGAGGACGAGCCCACGACGACAACGACGACGACGUGUUCGAACAACAACGUGGACCGCGACCCGGGGCGGAGGUUCCUCGACACGCAGGCCAUGUGCAGCUCCCCCUCCGCCAACUACUACAAGCCGACGGACGAGCCGGAGCCCUGGGACCUGAUCCAGCUGAACAUCGAGGCGAGCGUGAUGUGCCUGGUGAGCAAGGUGAAGUUCCUGUGCGGGCGCUGCGGCAGCCCCGCCGUGCGGCUGCGCUCGCGCGGGUCCCGGGUGGGCGGCGGCGAGGCCGCGGUGGUCACCCUGCAGCCGGUUAGCGACCCCCCACUACCCGCCGACGCGCCGCUCACCGCGGACAUGAGCUCCGACGAGGUCAUCGGCAAGACCGUGGACUCGGUGCGGCGCGCCGUCACCUCGGCGGCGGCGCGCAACAAGUUCACGGAGGGCCUGGACUUUGCGUCCAUCGCGGACUGGACCUGCGAGCUGCGGCCCAGCAUGCGCAAGCUGCGCCACGCCAUGGACGGCCUGCUCAAGACGGCGCGCCUCACGCACAGCGCGUUUCGGCUGCAGGAGGACGGCCGCGCGGCGCAGCGCGCGUGCAACGUGCGCUACCGCCGGGACGUCUGCUUCUCCCAGGCGCUGACGUCGCUGGUGACGGGGCUCAUGGCCAAGCUGUGGUGCCAGAAGCCGGACGCGGCCUUCCUCUCCGUGCUGACGGCGCUGGGCCCGCUGGCGUCCUUCGAGGGCCUGCUCAGCUACUACGGGGACGAGGUGGACAUGUGGGGGGACAUGGCGGUCGCCGUGGAGGACCUGGCCACCGUCACCUUCUCGCUCGUCCGCUGCAGCGCCAAGAACAACCGGUCGCCGUCGCCGUGCGCGGAGCCGACGCCGCGCGUGCGCGGGUCGCGUGCCACGCUCACCGUGCUGCUGCCCGUGCCGGACGCCGUGCACCACCUGGUGCCCCCGUCGGCCGCCUCGUUCCGUGUCACGCCGGUGUUCUUCAACGUGGGCGUCAACGAGAUGGCCUCGCUGGCCGAGAGCCUGGGCGCCACGCGGCCGCAAGAGGACAGCAACCUGGACAACUGCGAGCGCCUCGGCCAGUACUACCACCGCUUCCGCCGGCUGGACCUGCCCCCGGAGCCGCCGGGCCACCGAGGGCCGGCGUGCGGGCCGCUGCAGCCGUCGCUGGCGGACCUGGUGGACCGCCUGAAGGGGGCGGUGCGCUCCCGCCAGAGCAAGAACACAGAAGUCCUGCACCUGUCCGCCCACAUCUGCCGCCGGAUGAAGGGCCUGCGCUUCACGAGCUGCAAGAGCGCCAAGGACCGCACGGGGAUGUCCGUGACGCUGGAGCAGUGCCAGGUGCUGCAGGGGGAGUACGACCUCGCGGAGCACGAGUUCCAGCGAGCCCUCGACUGCAUGAGGAGCGAGGGGUGCCGGCGGGAGAACGCCUGCAAGAACACGGGCGUGAGGAAGUACGCCUUCAACAGCCUGCAGCUGCUGACGCUGCCCAAGCUGUACCGCCCGCCGGCCGGCACGUACGGCUCCGUCCAGACGUGAGCGGGCCCCCGCGGCGGCCCCUGGUCCCGCCCGCGGCGGCCCUGCGUCCCGGGCCCUCGCCCCCCGGCCAGAGCUGGCCGGGGAGCCCUCGAGGUGGCAAGGGUUCACGUCGGCCCGUUCCUUCGGAGCUCUGGCCGCGUCGGCGCAAACGAAAAGAAUUCAUUAUCAACUUAAUUAUUUAUCCCAUAAAUACCUUAUGUUGUACAGUGUUCACGUUAAGCAUUUAUAGAUAAUGUAUAUAUCGAGAAAUACCAAUGAAUUUCACAUUGUAUACGAGUUUGAUUGCAGGCUCUAUAAAUCUGUCGGUGAUGUCAACGUGAUAUAUAUUCAGUGUCAGUUGUAACAAGAAUAUAGUAUGCUGUUUGGAGGCUUCAUCUCAUGUACCUACUUUGUUACGGAAGUACCUAGUCUGUUUACAUCGUAGACGCUUUUCAGUCUGUUUUUAGCGAUCCGUAAGAUCUUAAGUCCAUCUCUUUAAGAAUUUGGCAUUACUGAGUUCUGUCCUGGAGAUGAUUAACGUGAUUAUGUGUAGUUUUGAUAAAUUAGUUAUCCUUUUAAUACCUAUUUUAAAUGAUUUUAGGGUUCCAGUUUUUUAAUUUUUUUUUUUUUUAUUAUUUUAAGUUGUAAUAGUGCACAUUAUUUGCUCUAAUCUGAUGUCUGCUGUAACAUAUGAGCACUACUUUCUUCCAAGUACAUUAUGUAUGCCAGCUUCAAUAAUUUAAUAAGUCUGAUGGUGUGAAAAGAGUACUGUGUAUUAUUGCAUAAUCGUAGUAUAUUUUAUACUGAAAUCAAGUUUGAAAAGUAGGAGUGUAAUUUACUAAUUUUUAUAAAAAAGAAAAUAAGUCCUGCAAAAAAAAAAUACAUUUUGUUCUACUUUAAAUAGAAAAAAACAAAAACCGUGAUCAGAACGUGAUCCGGAACUAAUGCAUAACUAUUGUCAUAGUACGUACUUAUUACGAAAGAGUGCUGGCUUUCAAAAUAGUUAGCUCGGCACUAGACACUGCACGCGCGUUGCAUGCAAUCGACGAGCUAUCAAUAUUAGACUACGUCAGUGGUGUAGCUAGGAUUUGUAUAUGGGGGGUGUUAAGAAGCAUGGCCGGCCCCCCCCUCUCCCCUACGUAUUAAAGCUGGGGGGUCCGGGGCACCUCCCCCGGGAAAAUUUGGAUUUUAAGGUGUAAAAUAGUGCUAAUUUAGCAGUUUCCGGUACUUAUAUUUAAAUAUUGUAAUGGUAUAAAUUUUAUUAAUUUUAAUAUGAAAUUUGUUUGAGUGAUGAAUAAGAAAUUAAUUAAAGAUUUGUUGCUAGGGGGGGGGGUGUGAACCCCUAAAUCCCCCCCCCCCCCCCCCGCUACGCCCAUGGACUACGUAUGCUCCCUCUACAUAUAUGGUAAUAGACAUAAUCAAAAAUGAAUGAUGCAACUAGAACUGGCUACAUUUUUAUAAGCGGUACACAGUGGCAACGAAGAUGAACAGACAAAGGUUAUAUAAUUUGAAAACAUCUUUAAAAGAAAGUUUACAAAUGUGACAACUUCGUAUUUCUGUUAAUUAAAUAAGUAAGUGGUAAUAUCCAAAAGAAUAUUAGAUUUCAACGUUAUAAUAUAUUUUAUACGGGAAAACUACCUACACAAAGCACUCUGAAUCAAACUGAAGGACCAAAAAACAUAGUGCAGCGUUUUUGCGAGAAAUUUUUUUCUUCAAAUUCGACUCCGGAAAAUAACGGUGCUACGAUUAUGCGAUAAAACACUGUAUAUACACAAGGUUUCAAAAUUUGUGGUACUUAAAUAAGAGGAUCAUAUAACCAGGGCCGCAACUAGAGUCUCUGGCACCCGGGGCAUGAAUGGAUUUAUGCGCCCCCUCCUCCCCCUCUUUUUUUGCACAUGCCACACCAAUAAAGCGGGCGGUCCGGGGGCCCUCCCACGGAAAAAUGGUGCUAUUUAAGCAUUUUCCAUACCCACAUGUAACCAUUUCUGUGCUACUGUAACUUCCAUGCAAAAAUUUUUUCACCAGUUACCAGUUGUAGUAGGAAUUACAAUGCAAGCGAUUUCGGCGCCCCCCCACAGCUUUGCGCCCGGGGCGUGUGCCCCGCUUAACCCCCCCUGUUGCGGCCCUGCAUAUAACUACACAAGCACAUAUCAUGCAUUGUAUUCGUGGAAUAAACCGAUGAAAUACUGGAGGGCAGUGGGUGCUGUGUUGUGAAUUGGUGGGGUGAAAGGACAAAAAAAGAGAUUGAAAGCCAUGACAACUGUGGCCACCAAUGGCGACGCAGGCUUCACAAGAAUCUUGUUGAAAAACGUCUUCUGUGCAAUCUCUGUGCUUCCCUGGCAUUGUUCUCUGCGAGCCCGUACGCGUGAUAACACGUCGACCCGACCUUCUCUUGAUUCUCGUUCGCAUCAGAUCCCGGAGAUCCACGGCACGACCCGAUGAGGGUUGCUGUUCGUGUUCACGUACGUGAACUGCGAGCUGAUGUUGUUUUUACUGGAGAGCGCCCUCUAGCGUUUCAUCGGUCGAGUUUCCAGACGUACAUUGUAGGGCGACUUAUGCUUGUCUAUAGCCCGCCCGUCUCAUCCUUAGAUUGCAGUGUUCAUUUCAAUGGGCAUUUACUCGCUCUCUCUCUCUCUGCCAUGCACAGUGUCUGCCAUUAGUGCUGACCUUGUUUCAGUGUGAUCUUUGCCAGAUCUAUGCCAAGAGCACAGAAGCUUUGGACACAACUUUAUAAUUAAAAAAAAAAAUGUUUUAAAAGUAAUUCAAAAUAAUUUAAAUUUUAAGAGUAAAAUAUGGAAUAAGAUUUUUGGAAAUUUCUUGUUAUAUUUCAUCAAGAGCAUCAUCUGAUAAUAGUAUUCAAAUCUCUCAUACACACGCCAUAUUGGUUUCAGCCUUUUUUGUUACAAAUUUUUUUAAUAUCUUUCUAUAUUAAAUUUUUAAACUUUGAUUGACCAUAGAAAUUAAUUUAUAGAUUGCUUUGUUAUUUAUAGUGACCGAAUGCUAAAAUUUGUUUCUCCUGUAAAAUAAUAAUUGGUGUUAGUAAUUGAUAACUAUUUUUUAUUUCAUAAUGGGAAAUUUAAAAAAAAAAACUGGCAUGCAUUUUCUUAAAACAGAAAAUUUUAAGUUUGAAUUUUGUUUUGUUGAACUGGUUACAUACACAAAACAAAAUAUUUUUUAAUAUUUUUUAAUCAUAAUCAUUGGUUAUUUGUUAAGUAUAAAACAAAGUGUAAUAAUGGUGCAUACAAAUCCAAAUCCCGACAUUGUGUAGGCCUAUAAAUUGGUAAGAAAUAAUUUGAAGAAGGAAAAAUUAUUUAAUUUGAAAUGUCGAAUCAAACAUAAGAUCGUUCAUGAAUAUUGAAUAUCGAAUUAUUUACGAGUAUCAAAUAUUUUUCGAGUACCCGUAGUUACAGCCUGUGUAGUUAUGAUUCCGCUAGUGUUACAAACAUUGGUCCCUUUACUUACACUUGAUUGGUUAUUUCAGCUCGGCCGGCAGAGCAGUAUUUAACUGACAAACAAAGAGAAGCCACAUUGUGUGUGUGUUCUUGGAAAGCAGAUGGAGUUUGUAACGUUGAACCAUAACAGUUUCAAUCGGACUUCAGUGGUUCGACAGGGGUCGUCCAUUUAUCACGUGAUGUUUUCUUAGCAAAUUUUUAACCCCCCCUCCCCCCUAGUGAUUUGUGGCGAGGUUUCAGACUAACCCCCCCCCCCCCCCCUCCCCAAUAAAUCGCGUGUAUUUUUUGGUACGAAAUAUUUUUAAAAAUUUCAGAAUAUUAUCUUUAAAUAUAGGUAUGAUCUAGUUUAAUUCUGGAAAAUUAAGCACAGUGAUAAAAAUGUCCAGACACACAUUAAGGUUGCAGGUUUAUUCUCACUGGCAUAAAAAUAAUAAAGGAAAGGCUUAUAUGUGAUUUACGCAUGUAUUCGGCGCCAAAAUCACAGUCUUACUGGCGACCGGCAAGCCGAGCCGGGUGGUUCAUGUUGCGGCGGGCGGGGAUAUUGUUGCCUGGCUACGGCGAGUCAAGGUCACGCGUCGCUUUUCGGUUUAGUAGAAAUUGCAGGAAAAAAUAAAUACACGUGAUAUCUCUCUACACCCCCCCUCCCACCAUGUGAUAUUUCGUGAUUUUUCCCUCCCCCCUCCCCCCCACGUGAUUAAUGGACGAUCCCACACGCACAUUCCAGGCCAACUCUUGGUUCUUAAAUUUCAGUGCUUUCAGUAAGGAUGUUUCAGUUAAUGGAUUGUAUUGUAUUUUUUCGUGCGUACUGAGUAGUUGAGUUGACAUUUGCUGAACGCCAUUCGACAAUACCGCGCUCGCAAUGAACCCAAAGUAAUGCUAGUGUGAUAGUUUAUUUUCAGGUAUCGUGUGCUCUGAUCUACUGCUAAUAUUAUUAUAUAUUUGUACCUGUUGUGUUGGCUUCAAACCAUUCCUGUUGUGAUAUUUUUAAUUUACGCUUAAGAAAAUAUAAAUAAUUCUCAAAUGUCACAUUAAUAUUUAUUUAUUUAUUUUUAAGGAAAAAUGAACUAAUAAUUUAUGUGCUUAUUUUAGUUUCAAUUUACAUAAGUUUUUUGUGAUGUAGUCACAAUUUCUAAAGUAAGUUUUUUGUGCUGUGGUCACAUUAAUUUCAGGUUUUUGGGAACGUCACAAUCUCUUGUUUGCAGUAAAAAGUGUCGGUACAUUUUUUUUUGUGCCUAACUGUCUGCGACAUGAAGUUAAUUAGAGUUGUGAUUAUAUUAUUAUAAGUUUUGUGGUUUGCUGCAUCUUAUCAGAUCACUUUGAGUGCCAAUUAUUUAGUGUUCUGUGGUGUUUUUUUAUUUUAAAUAAUAUUUAUGUGCAAAUAAUUUUUGACAAGUUGAAUGUGAAACCUUUUAAUGCUUUUUAGUCCGUAGUAUUUUACCCAAUUAUAAAUAUUUCGCUCAUAAAACUUAAUAUUGUUAGAGCUCUUCAUAAAUGUAAGGGGAGUUAUGACCGGCUUUCACUAGCAUAACUUUUUAUCAAAUUUUAAAUUGUUUUGUUUUAACUCUUAUUUAAUUUAAUAUAGGUUAAGAAAAAGAGUACAAUAUUUUUCAUGUAAUAAUCAGACUGAAUUUUUUGCUAAUUUAAGUUUUUUUUUUUUUUUUUUUAUAUUAGCAAGGCAGUGUUUUUAAUAAUACCGUCUUGGCUAAUUUGGUGCGUAAAUGAUGGUUAAAUUCAUUUUGGAAUUCAAAGCUGUUGGAAUUUUUGUCAGCGAAUAUACAGAUCCAAGUCAGCUGGAUUAUGUUAGCUAACACAUUACUGUUGCUUAUGAAGUGUAUACUUGUUCUACAGAUGUAGCGUUUAUGCAGCAGUCGAUUUAAAUGUUGUUUUACGAAUGUCUUGUGUGGUCACAACUAGCCGUUGUAACCUUUACGAAACAAGCACAUUCGUGUCUUGCUUUGUGCUUUUAGUUGAAUUACUUAUCUGGAUCAAAUAUUAGUUGGGUGGGAUAACCUCUGAGAGAAUGUCCACAUAUAUUUAUUCACUGUAGCGUGUAAUAGAAUAACUUAAUUGCUUAUAUGUAGAGACCUGCAAAAUUCACGGUUUCGUUGGCCUUCAGGAUAGACUGCACUUUCCCCUGUGCACUCGGGCAAAUAACGCAAGUUCAUUGGCUGCCGACUUGUAAGUCGUCUCAGCUGGUUUGUCUGCGAUUCGAUCCUUUGGUUGAAGGGUUUAUAACUGGUUGAGAUUCGCCCAGAUGAACAGUGAGCCAAUAGCAAAAUUAUCUAAGAGGUAUAUGUGUUUGAAUUCCAGCCUAUCACCGAAUGAAUCCGCGAAUUUUGCAGGUCUCGAAUAAUAUGAACUGAAACUAAUUUCACGUAAACCAGUUGCAGUGCAGUUAUGACUGUCGUUUCACUCGGUGCCUGGUGUCAGAAAGCACAGGAGCGUUGGCUAGCCUGCACAACGUAGACGCGUGUAGUCAUCUUCGAUGUAGCGAGAAGUACAGUAUAUUGGUAGGACGUUCAAGAUUGUAACAGUUUUAUUCUACCUUUCACCUACCUUGUUUCAGAACGUGUACUUAAAACUGUGAUCUCUGCGAAGGUAGCAUCCGAGAGUAACUCGGGCAAAGAAAUGGCUGUCGAUAGUUUUAUGAACUUUGCAGGGAAUUGUGUAGAAAACACCUUGCUCUUAAUUCAAAAUGUUGUGUUACGUCACGUCCAUUGUAAAUACAUCUGAAUUUUACUGUGAAACACCCCACUUUUGGAUGCUUUGUAAAGGUUAAAAUUAUUGCAGAAAAAUUUUGUUGAAAUCCACAAUACUGGUAUAUCGAAGUGACAUGUUCGUAAAUAGUGUUUUAUUCUUCCAUUUUUUUUUUUCUUCUAUUUUGAGAAGUGAAUUUACUUGAACUCCAUUGAGAAUAUAAUAUUUUAUAAGAUGAAGUAGUAAAAAUUUCUGGAAUUGAAAUUUUUGUUUGUUUGUUUGCGAACAAGUGCCAAACUUAAACUGUGAGCGAAAGUUCUCGCCAUGACUAAAGUGAAUCUACUUUUAAAGUUUUUCUGUGCAAGAGACAGUUUGUGUGGUGUGAAGUAUCAUCUAAGGACUUAACAUAAAAAUUUAUAGAGAAAAUUUUAUCUUUGUUUGUAAUGUCAAUUACUCAUCAUUGGAUUAACUGAAAUUAUCUGCUGGAUAUCAUGUUGGCUGAUUUUCCUAGGACUUCGCUGUUUCAGCAGCCAACAUUUUUGCCAUUGUCACGCUCUUGUUGCUGAUUUAUGUAUGUAAUUAAUAAUGUGUAGGAUUUAAUCUUAAGGUGCUCUAAAAAAAAUUAGCAUAAUAUAUAGUUUAAAAUUAAUAUAUUUAUAUGUGGAGGAGUGUAUAAGGGUGUGCAAUGUACACUUUAAAUUUUAUUUGCUCAGUAUUGUGUGUUAGGGAAGAAUGUGAGGAUUGUCUGUGAAAAGGUAUGCAACUCUUUCAACCUUUAUUUUUAAGCUCUUACAACAGAUUUUGCACAAGCAAUUUCUUGUAUUUAAUUAUUUUCUGCCUUUUUAAUGUGUUUUUUUUUCUCCUUCCCCCCCCCCCCCCCCCCCUUCUUUGUUAAUGGUACUUUUGAGUUGAUUGUUUGUUAAUAUUUGUAUUUUGGUUGUAAAAAUGUUUAGUCCAUAUGAACUAUAAAUUUUAUUUUAACUGGUUUGAACAUUUGCAGCUGUUGGUGGUUCCAGCUUACUUACUUUUAAACAAUUUAGAUAAAAAAAAAUAUGUUUUCCAACUAGCAGUGAUUUUUAUAUUAACAGCUGCCUUUGUUUGUUUUUUUAAUAACUUUUUUUUGCCAUUAAUUACCAAUUGCUGUUAUGUUAGUUCUAGUAGUUUUUGAUGUGAAGAUCUUUCAGGAAAAAAAAACCAUGGUAAAGAUUCAGAUUAAGAAUUAAAAUUUAGUAUUUUUUUACUUUUUUAUAGUUUUUAGUGCCGUUUUACUUAAUGUUGGCAGUGCCUGUACAUCAGCUUCUCUCACUAAUUCGGGAGAUUGAGUCUAAAAUCAACAGUUCAAGAAAACAAUUACACUUUUUUUUUUAAAUAAAGAGGUGUUAAGCCUAUCUUCAGCCUAUGUAUCAAUCAGUUUGAGUGUUGUGUCUCGUGCAUUUGUCACUAUUGGCAACACUUGGUUUGAGUUUCUCUAUGUUGUGUCAACUUUAAAUAGCAGCGAACCCAUAAUUAUUGCACCUGUUCAUUAGUCAUUGUCAUAACGCAAGUUGUUAUUAAGGUUACUUUUUUUGGUGAUUUGAAUCAAUUUUGAUUCCGUGAUCAACUUAGGGUUUGCAGGUUAUUAGCCAAAGGGAGAGGAAGCCCCGACUCAAUUUAGUUUCUUUCCUUUAUUCUCUCUCUCUUUUUCUUACUUACUUACUUUUAUAUCUGAAGAUUUUAAUCGGCAGUAAUAAUAAACAGAAGCCAUGAGCGAAAACUGUUACUUCGAUUUAUCGUGUGAAAGACUGGAGUGUCUUUUGCAGAACAAACCCAUAUAAUUAUUUUGAACGAGGAAGGAGCUAGACUAUUGGAUGGUGCCAAAAAGAAUUUUGCUCGUAAGUCUACUCAGCGUAACCGGGAUUUUUGUCAUCACGGUGGUUAGGUGUCGUAAGUCGCUGGCGAGUAGUGAACGACUCUCUCGCUUUCUGCCCUUUGUUCGCUCCAACCAAAGCUACUUUAGGAUCACGCGUGCACUUAUUCGUGUUCGUGUAAUACCUCUCUCACACUUGCACACACACACUCAAUUUAACACCUCUUAACUUGCAUUAUUUUUCAUGAAAUGACAAAUAAUAGCUAGAUGAAUUUUUGUUUUUGAAUAAUUGCUGCCACACAAUUCAUCUUACAUCCUGUAACAUUGUGGUUUCGUGUAGCUUUACCGUGCAGCAAAAGUGCCGUGUUUUAUCGCACCGUUGUCUUAGGGCGUCAAAAUGUGGAGAAAAAUAAUUCUCGCAUAAACGUGGCAUUAUGUUUUUGGUCCCAUUGUUAGAUUCCGAGCGCUUUGUGUAGGUUGUUUCCCAUAUAAAACAAUGUUGUUGUUUUUACUUUACUUUAAAACAAAACCUGGAAAGAAGAGCAAGUAAUUGAUGUUAGUGUCAAUGUAAUUUUAAUUUCAGCAUAUUUGUGCUGUUAUUUUAUAAAGUCAGUUUUGUUAUGAUAAUUUAUUUUGUAAUGAAAUCGAAAUAUUGUACAUCCUGCAUUCCUUGCGUGGUUUUCCUUCGUUCAAGAUUGAUCAAAAUUGAAGACUUAAGUGUCUUGCAUCUCGUUAAAAAAUAAAUAAAUAUUUGUAAAACAUUUGUUUUCGUUUAGGUGACAAGUGUGUCAGAAGUGUGUGCAACUAAAAUUGUUGAGAAUGGUGCUUUUGCAUUAUGACUAAGUAAAUACAAAGACAAGACUGUGAAUUAUUUACUUGGAAGAGAUGUCAUGAAGUUUGUUGAUAUUCAUGUUUGUAUUAAAAUAAUAGGGUGUGUGACAUUUUUUUUUUUGAUGUUGAGAACACUUAAUCACAAUACUGUAAAUUUUCCAUCUAUUGUUAACCAAAUAAAUUACAUGCGAAGAGAAGGUAAA